AAGGGGAGAGAGAGGGGAAGCGCGGGAGGGGGGCGCUGGAAGGCGAUGGAGGCCGGCGAGGCCCAAAAGAGCUCGGGCGAAGGGCCCCAGGCAGAGAGGCCCCGGCCGCCCUCCAUCCAGGACUUCGCCAUCCUGAAGCCCAUCAGCCGUGGCGCCUUCGGGAAGGUCUACCUGGGCCGCAAGGGCGGGAAGCUCUACGCCGUCAAGGUGGUAAAGAAAGCCGAUCUUAUCCACAAGAAUAUGGUCCAUCAAGUACAGGCAGAGAGAGACGCCCUGGCUCUUAGUAAAAGCCCUUUCAUUGUCCACUUAUACUACUCCCUCCAGUCUGCAAACAAUGUCUAUUUGGUAAUGGAGUAUCUCAUUGGGGGAGAUGUUAAAUCUCUUCUUCACAUAUAUGGCUAUUUUGAUGAAGAUGUGGCCGUGAAAUAUAUUUCUGAGGUAGCCCUGGCUCUAGAUUACCUUCACAGACAUGGGAUAAUCCACAGGGACCUGAAACCAGACAACAUGUUGAUUUCUAAUCAGGGUCAUAUUAAAUUGACAGAUUUUGGAUUGUCCAAAGUUACACUGAACAGAGACCUCAAUAUGAUGGAUAUCCUUACAACACCAUCCAUGGCAAAACCAAAGCAAGACUAUUCACGCACCCCUGGACAAGUUUUGUCUCUCAUCAGCUCUUUUGGUUUUCAAACUCCAGUUGGAGGAAAAGUGCACACACCUAGUCCAAGUCCUAUCUGUGCAGACAUGUCUCAGAUUUCUCAAGGGCUUGUUUCCCCCUUAUCUGUAAGUCAAAAAGACUGCCCAGCUGCAUCAAAUAAACUCCUGAGAGCAUGCCUCGAUGCUUCUGUCAUAACACCUACCAUUCCAGCAAGGUGCCUGACCCCGACUCUGCUUCAGUCCAGAAAAAGGUAUGGGACUUCCAGCGCCAGCAGCCUUUCCCGCACGCAAUUGUCCAGCAUGGAAUCUGAGUGCUGCAGCAGCCCCCGGUGGGAGAAAGACGUUCAGGAAGCAGAAGAUGCACUCUUGUCUACCUCAGGCAAAGGAGUUAUAUCAGAAACACCGAAGAAUACAGAUUUAUUGCUUACCAAUGGUAUUAAAGGCUUGAAGCGAAAGGCUCUGGAGUGUGCCAUCUCUCCCAUUAGCAGCAAUGAAUCAGGGAACAGGAUUUGUGAAAGAACUGAAUCCUUUAAUGCACCUGAAAUAUCUGUAAGAAAUUGUGAUGUCAAAGAUUUGGUCCGAAAAUGUCUCUCGGAAUAUAUAGAAUGGGAAGGAAAGAGCUGUACAGGAAAACCUGCCCUGGCAGAGGCGACAGCAGCAAAAUCCUCUAAUGACCAGCUGUCCCCUCUGAACUCCAGCAAUCUUUUGAAGGAAAGAAAAGAGGAAGCGAUGGUAGAGAUGCCAGGUGUCAAAAGACGCUUUGGGUUGGUUGACACCAGCCCUUCUCAAGAAUCUUUCCUUGUUAAAAAAAAGAAUGCAGAUUUCAAACGUGGCUGUAAAAUCACCGAAAUCCCUGAAAAACAGAGCACAGGCUUAACAUCUGAAAUCGAUUGCCUUACAUUUGGUGGAUGUUUGCAAAAGACUUGUACAGACAGUGGCCAAGCCAAAGAUUGCAGUUGGACGCACCAAAAUCAAGGCAGCAAAGCAGCCACUCCUUUUAUAGCUAAGAAUCUCUUGGAUUAUUUAGAUGCAGAUUGUGAAAAAAAUGGCAAAAAGGAACACGCUAACUCCAGUUUCUUGUGCAUUGAUGAUGAGAAGCCUUUGGCAAGUAUGAGCCUGGACUCGGAUCUGUCCCUCCCAGAAGUGUCUACUGCAGACAGUCAUUUAGACAGGAGCAUUAAAGAUGUUACCUUUGAGGAAGCAAAAACAGAGGUUGGGUCCACAACAUCCCCAUGUUGCUCAAGAGGUGAUGAGAAGCGCGCUCUCCAGGAGAGCAAACAGCAACAUGAUCAGGACAGGAGUGUGAAAAGUGCAACCGAAACACAGACUCGUGUUCACUCAUCUUCAGCAGUGGAAUCACACAAAGCCCUAAACCUCUUCAAGAAAAACGUGGUUGCCUUUCAGAGUUAUAAUAGCAUGAUAAAUAUGUCGAAUAUGUCCGAACCAUCAAGAAGUGUGAUUUCUGUAGAAGGAAUGGAUAUCUCUGCUUGCAGUGGCUCUUAUCCUAUGACUGUCACACCUGCACAGAAGGGGACAUCCUAUAGAGUAUACCAGACUCCUCAGACAAAUGCUGGUACACCUUACAGGACCCCAAAAAGUGUCCGAAGAGGAGCUGCUCCGGUCGACGGGGAACGCAUUUUAGGAACUCCUGAUUACUUGGCACCUGAACUGCUUUUGGCAAAGGCUCAUGGUCAUGGAGUUGACUGGUGGGCACUUGGAGUUUGCUUGUUUGAGUUCCUAACUGGAAUUCCACCAUUCAAUGAUGAAACAGCACAUCAAGUAUUUCAGAAUAUUCUGAAAAGAGAUAUUCCAUGGCCUGAAGAUGAAGAGAAAUUGUCAGAUAAUGCUCAGAAUGCAAUAGAUAUCCUUUUAACCAUUGAAAGUAGUAGACGAGCUGGAUUUAAGGAGCUGAAGCGUCACCCGUUCUUUCAUGGCGUAGACUGGGAAAAUCUGCACAACCAGCCUAUGCCCUUCAUACCCCAACCUAACGAUGAGACCGACACUACCUAUUUUGAAGCUAGGAAUAAUGCUCAGCAUCUAACAGUGUCCGGAUUCAGCUUGUAAUAACAACACAAUGGAACUUUUCAGUGGGUUGCACAUGUAUGAACCUUCCUUGCAUUCGUUUGCUUCUUAUUUUGUAACCAUGAUGUUUUUAAAAUCUGGUCUGCUUUUAGUUCAUUCGAAGGUGUUGACGUGUUUGGUUCCAAACAGCUCCCGAUUGUACUUUUACUGUAGUUACUGCACUUUAUGUAAAUCCUACAUAGGUAAUGGUGGUAUGAGUCACUAAAAUUGUUUUCUGCUGCUAGAGUGUAUUUCUAAUUGUGGGAGAGGGGCCGUCAUCAUAGGCAUGACAAGUACAGUAAAUGCAGAGCAAUGUGUUUAUGUGCAGGUAGUUCAAAGUACAGAUGGAAUUCCAUGUCAGAAUCUAUUUGAGGUUGAUUUUAGGCCACUUUAAUGAUAUAACAUAGCAACUUCUAGAUUUUCAGUUCAGCUUCUCCUAUGUGCCAGUCCAUUUAGGAUGCACACUUUCAGGCACUUUGGGUCAUUUAUGUGUUGCUGGUUCUGCUGCUAAGCUAUCAGUAUUCUCCACUGUCUCUCAUAUUAUUGCCAAUGUCUACUUUUCCCAACUCCGUUAUUUAUUUACAAAAUCCCUCCCCACUCCAAGUAGGUUUUGUAUGUCCUACUUGUGAUUUCUGGAUUGAACAGGUUUAAAUACUGAAAAGCAGUCAUUUGGUUAUUCUGUAAGCCAGGUAAACAGCCUAAUCAAAAUGAAAAUCAUCCUGUGUAUAUUUAAGUCUAUAGAUUUAUAACUGAAUGAAAUAAAGAACAUCAGGUGAGAUUUUAGUAAAUAUGAAGUUUAAACUGAUCUUUUAAACCAUUUAAAUAAAAAUCUUGUAAGACA